AUGGCAGGAGAGGGACACUCCCUGCUGCUGCUGCUGCUGCUGCUGCUGCUGCUGACACCAGGGCUGUGGAGCCCCUGCCCCUCCCUGAGUCAGCAUCCCCCAGGUGCCAGCCCAGCACAUCCUUCCAAGAUGUCCUGCUACGACCUGUGCCCACCCAGGAGCAGCGCCGACCUGUGCCCAGUGCCCAGGACCAGCGUGGCUGUGCCCCAGCCCAUCGCUGAGAGCUGCAACGAGCUGUGCGCCCGCCAGUGCCCCGACUCGUCUGCCUUCAUCCAGCCCCCGCCCGUGGUGGUCACCUUCCCCGGCCCCAUCCUCAGCUCCUUCCCCCAGCAGGCCGUGGUGGGCUCCUCCGGAGCACCGGCCUUUGGCGGCUCCCUGGGGCUGGGCGGCCUCUACGGCGCCGGCGCCACCCAGGCCUCGGGGGGCCUCUGCACCUUUGGCAGAGCCUACGCUGCUCCCGCCUGCAGCCCUUGCGCCCUGCCCCGCUACAGCAAGAAGCUCUGGGACACCUGCGGGCCCUGCUAG